AUGUCGGUCGACCCUUGUGAUGACCCGAUCGCUCCUCUGCUGGAAGUAGUGCGCAGCCACUUCAACUCUGAGACCUUUUCCGACGUCGACGUGGUCUGCGCCAACGACGACGCGUACAAAUGUCACAGGCUGGUCCUCAGCCAGAGCCCGGUCUUGGCCAAAGCCCUCGAUCCGCAGCUGGGCUUCAAGGAGAGCACGCGAGGCGUCAUCGAGCUCAACAAUGACGAUCCAUCCGCCGUCAAGGCCAUGCUCGAGUUCUUGUACACCUUCGAUUACACCGACCCAAACGGCGCCGACUACUCAAAGAUACUCUUAUUCGACGCCGAAAUGUACGCUCUCGGCGAGAUCUACGCCAUCAGCAGCCUCAAGAAACUCGCCAAGAAGCGGUUCCAGGACAUGUUCGAACGGCCUCUGGACGGCCAUAUUAUAGCCCCAGCCAUUCGAGCCAUCUACGACACCACCCCGGAGACCGAUCGCGGCCUGAGAGAUGUCGUUGUGGCUUCGUGCAAGCCGCGCAUCCGAUCGCUCUUGAAGGAUGACGAUUUCAACGAGAUGAUGGAUAACGUCGGUCCAUUUGGAAAAGACCUUUUACUCUACAAGGAUGACUAUACUUUUAUCCCGGUCGAAGAAUUCCAGCGCCGUCAAAAAAAUGGAACUAGACUUCUGAUGAGGGUCUCUUACUGUAUUACCGAACUACGGCCAGAGUCACGAUGA